UCUGAAGAGAAACACUUUCUUUUCAUCCCAAUAAUAAAUACCCAAAGUCUCAACGACUGCCGUCUUUGGAUCUCCAAUUGGCACCGCACCAAUUGAUAUUCAAAAAACGACGAAAGAGGAGCCACAGACAUCGAGGCAUCAUGUCUGCUGUCAACCGCGGAUUGCGCCAGGCGUCGAGAUCACUGCACCUCCACCGCUCCUGCCCGCCCUCGGCUCUGCGGCCGUUGCGCGCCUUCAAGAACGCCGCUGCCCCCCUCUCAGUUGCUGCCACCCACACACGCAGCAGCUUCUCCACCAUGACCUCUCUGCAAUCUGCCAGCGCUACGGCGCCCUCACCCUCGGCUCACAAGGGCUACGACCAAGAGAUCUUGGAUAUCGCGGGCUAUGUGCACAACCAGAAAAUCGACUCGGAGCUGGCCUUUGACACAGCGAGAUGGGUGUUCCUCGACACGCUGGGCUGUGGUCUCGAGGCUCUGCGGUUCAAGGAAUGCACUAAGCUUCUGGGACCCAUCGUCCCGGGCACCACUGUCCCGUCGGGCACCAAGGUGCCUGGCACCGACUUCCAGCUCGACCCCGUAAACGGUGCCUUCAACAUCGGCGCCAUGAUCCGGUGGCUCGACUACAACGACUGCUGGCUCGCCGCUGAGUGGGGCCACCCUAGUGACAACCUGGGCGCCAUCCUCGCCGUUGCUGACUGGGCAACCCGGACAAACAAGGCCGGCCAGCAUAAGGUUGCCGGCGGCAAGAUCUUCACCGUUCGCGAUGUGCUCGAGGCCAUGAUCAAGGCCCACGAGAUCCAGGGUUGCCUCGCUCUGCUGAACUCGUACAACAAGGUCGGCCUCGACCACGUCGUCCUGGUCAAGGUUGCCAGCGCCGCCGUGGUCAGCAAGAUGUUGGGCCUCAGCGAGAAGCAGACGGCCGACGCUAUCACCCACGCCUGGGUUGACGGCCAGAGCUUGCGCACCUACCGUCACACCCCCAACACCAUGUCCCGCAAGUCGUGGGCUGCCGGAGAUGCCUGCCAACGUGCCGUCAACUUGGCCCUCAAGGUCCUCAAGGGCGAGUCUGGCAUCCCCACUGUUCUUUCCGCUCCGACGUGGGGUUUCUACGACGUCCUGUUCAAGGGCAAGAAGUUCGAGUUCCAGCGUGGAUAUGGUAGCUACGUCAUGGAGAACGUGCUCUUCAAGGUGUCAUACCCUGCUGAGUUCCACUCACAGACCGCCGUCGAGGCGUCCGAGAAGCUCUAUGCCCAGCUGAAGGCCAUGGGCAAGUCUGCCGCCGACAUCAAGGCAGUGACCUGCCGGACUCACGAGGCCUGCGUUCGCAUCAUCGACAAGCAGUUCAAGCCCAUGGACAACUUUGCCGACCGCGACCACUGCAUCCAGUACAUGUGCUCUGUCAUGCUCGUCUUUGGCCGCCUCACCGCCGGUGACUACCCCGACGGCUCCGAGGCCGCCACCUCGGAGCUGGUCGAGUCCCUCCGUAAGAAGAUCAAGUGCGUUGAGGACCCGCAAUUCACGGCCGAUUACCACGACCCCGCCCUCCGCACCAUCAGCAACGGCCUGACCGUCGAGCUGAACGACGGCACUGUGCUGCCCGAGGUGGUGAUCGAGGCCCCGCUCGGCCACCGCCUGCGUCGCGAGGAGGCCAAGCCCCAUAUCCUGGCCAAGUUCAAGCGCCAUCUGGAGCCCCAUCUUAGCGCUGAGAAGGUCAAGGAGAUUGUCGAGCUCGGCCAGGACCCCAAGAAGCUUGAAGCCAUGAGCGUGGAUGAGUACGUUGAUUUGUAUGUCUGCAAGGACAGCAAGUUCCUCAAGGACCAAUAGAUGAUGGUGGUGGUAGGUGGUGUCUGUAUAAUGCGUAAAUGAAAUAGAAAAAGCAUUUAAAACACG